AUGGUCUGCUGGAAGAUCUGCCUCCUCUCGACUCUGGCAGUCGCCGCUGCGUUGGAGCUCUCCCCGGCCGCGUGGUGUGCAAGGGGCACUGGCGAGACUGAGCAAGCCUUGCUGCAGCGCUGCUGCCGGCUUGGCAGCGAGAAUUGCUUCGAGAUUGCCGAUGCCGUUGGUGGGAAGUGCUGCCGACAGGAUAUUGAUGUGGGCUUCUAUGGCUUUCUCCUGCCGCCUCGAUCCUUCUCUCUGAAUGGAGUUCCGCACGAGCUUGACAGCUGCAGUGUGGGCCUGUGCCUCUUCUCACUGAAGAACUUCCGCACCCUGAGUGACGAUCCUGCUGAGGCGACGUCCGAGCUUUUGCAGCUGGGCCUCCUCAGCCGAGAGUGGCGGCCAGAUUUGCCUUUCCUAGGCCCGACGAGCCCCAUCCUUAUGGAUAUGGUUCGCGUGAAUGGUCUGAGCGGCGACCCACCCAUCUUCUACCAUCGCCUCUUUCACGACCAUGCUGAGGUUGUGACCCAAGCUCUCUGGGAGUACUCCCACUGGAUGGGCCACAGCGCCGCCUUCACUGCGGCACUCGCGGCGCGCCGGGGCCGAGGGGCACCUUGCGAACAGCGGGAGGCGGCUUUGCAGGCGGCCAUGGCAGACACCACGGCCUUGCCCUGGCUGGCGCGGAGGUGGGCGCUUCAGGGGAAUGCACAGCUGGACACCUUCGUGAACAUUGGUGCCCGAGAGGGUGUGCAUGAAGAUCCCUUGUAUCCUCUGCUGCAGAAUCCUGCGGAUGUGCGCUUCUCACUUGCGGUGGAGAUGAAGCCUGAGUUCUGCGAGGAGCAUGCCCGCAACUUGCCACAUGUGCCGCUACUUUGCAUGAGAGCCACCAAAGCGAGCGUGUCUGAAAUCGUGGCGAGACUGCCGGACUGGUUGCGCGGCCAAAAGAGGCCUUCCGCGGAUCUUCUUUCUUUACCGCGACUUGACGUCCUCAAGGUUGAUGUGGAUGGUGCAGAUUGUGACAUUGUCGCAUCGUUUUUGUGGAGGGUCCUCGCGAAGUUUGUCGUCCUGGAGGUGUGCGAUGCCGUGCCGCCUCCACUGCGCUUCGCCCUCCACGACAGCGAGCACCUCUCCUGGCCCCCGGUUGCUCCCUGGGGCUGCUCGCUGAGCUACCAGGUCCAGCUCAUGAAGCAGUUUGGCUUGGAGCUUGUCUGGUAUGGCGCUGGGAAUGCUAUCUUUGCCCAUCGACUGGCGGCGCAGUUGCUAGGACUGCCCAGUCCCCUGGACGAGGUAGAUUGCUAUUCAAAAUCCGUUCUGAUGACCAUGUGGCCCAGCGGCCGGAAAUUGCGCAGGUGGUUCUACGAGGAGAGCCUCAAUGAGACACUGCGGGAAAUCCAGUCAGCUCUCCGCCAAAGGCUUGGAGACUUGACUUAUACCAUGGAUAUAUAG